UCAAGUUUGUGUGCGAUGUCAACAGCUCCAGUAUUGUGAUUAAUCGAUGAGCGAAUAAAAUAAUUAUGAUAUAACUUAUCGUAUGGCUUGUAUUAUUUAUUUGUGUAAUUAAUAAAUCUAGUAGAAACCAAAGUUUUGGGUGUUUAUCUUCAUAACAAUGAAGUUACUACUGUCAAUCGUUCUGGUGUGCACAACAUCAUGUGUCAUUGGGAGUGAGCUGGAUUACGAUGGUUGGUUACAACUCCGUCUAUAUCAUGCGUUAAAUGACGACGCAAUCCCUCAUUUUACCGAAAGAGGUAACAUAACAGUGACGAGCAUACGAACGGGUGCCUCGACAAUAGGUCAAAUGGGCCUCCAAUCAUCGCAAAUAAAUAGUUUGAAAAAACUCGCACAAAAUGCCAGACAUUAUCGGUUAAAGGCGGUGAUAAAGGGGUCCUCAGGUACUGAGACCACUCUCUACACAUCAGUACCAGCGUGCCAUUUGUUGGGAACUGAACUCGAGGACAUCAUCACGAUCUGGCUGGAUGCCGGCGCCGAGCCAGUGUCAAUAACUCAGGUGUCACCAGGUCCUUGCAGUCUCGGUACACCCACAACCACAAUGUGGACGACGGGUGUACAAGUGCGAUAUCCCGAUGGUGGACCUAUGCCGGAUACUGCCUCCUACAUUUACAAAUUGGAACGCGAGAAGGAAGCCAGGGAGAGAGGAGAAACCAAAGACAAUAGAUCAUUCCUUGCUAAAUAUUGGAUGUACAUAGUUCCCGCCCUGAUCUUCGUCGUUCUCUCAUCCGCAACCAAUCCAGAAGCAGGUGGUGCUGGCAAUGGCGGCCAGAGGCAAUAAAUCAACGCAAUUAGAAAAAUAAUAUUAAAGAAUUUCCUCUGUCAUUUCAUUACUUGAAUUCUUCUCAUCAAUGAAAUGUAUUUCUGACGUAUUCUGUCAAUAAAUUUUUCAACAUUA